AUGCCAGCACCCCGCGCCCUCCCCUCGGCCCGGGGCCGCCCCCUGGUUCCCCCGGCCUCCCCACAGCCUCGCCCCGCCGCGCCCCGGCCCCCAGCCCGGCCCACCGCCCCACGCCCCCGGCCCGGGCCCCGCAGCCGCAGGGGAGCCGGGCCGCGCCCCCGCUCCGCGCCGGGCCUCUACCCCCUCCCCGGGCCACGGCGGCCCCACGCCUCCGCCGGGCCUGCGGGGCCCCCGCGCCGCCCGCGCCCCGCCGCGCCGGGCCGAGCCGCCUCCUGCUGCCCGCGAUCCCCCCCCCGCGGCGGAGCCGCCCCGGCCCGGGCGGGCCCCGCGCCCCGCACUCCGCACCACGAGUGCCCGGCACCGCCACUCACCGCCCGCACUCUGACCCCCGACCCCGCGCUGAGCGGCAGCGCCGCCGCCCAACCGCAGCGUCCGCCGCCGCCGGGGGCGGUGCCUCCGGCCCGCCGCGGCCGGCCGCGCAUGCGCUCGCCGCCCACCGCGCCGCGGGGCACGAUGGGCAGUGUAGUCCCGCCCGCCUGCCGGCCCCGCCGCGUGGCCGCGCCUCGACGCCGCGCCCGCCCCGCCGGGUCCCCGGGCACUGACCCCCCGCCCCGCCCCCCGUGCCCAGCGGACACUUCGUGCCCUCCGCACUGGCCCGCCGCCUCCUGUCUCCCCAGGGGUACCGCUUACCAUGUGUCCCAAAGGGCCAUCCUGCCGUGCCCUCGGGUUGCCUCCCCCAACCCCUGA